AAUCAGUUAGUGUAAUGAAGACUAAAAUCACCCAGUACAGCGACCGCACUAACACCAAAGGUGAAUUAGCAACUCCAGUCGGCAGGUGUCACUGCAACGACGCCCAACCCCGGACGUUUUGGUUUUGGAGCGCGCGCCAUUCGUAGAAGAAGAGUCUUUCCUCUUGUUUUUUGGUGUGGCUAGUGGGCUAACAGCCACCUCCUCGUUUUAAAUACCGGCAAGUCAGGCCGAUUGUGACUGACCCACAAAACGACAAUCGAUACGCUAGUUGUCCGGUUUGUUGCCAGGACAUACCUCAAUAUCAAAAAUUGGGUAUUUAAAGCCAAGCUGCUCCAGAGGGCUCCACACAAGCGGUGACCAAACCCUGCCUGAUGAUGGAGAGAGGAAGAAAGAAUAUCAUGGAGGACGGCUUAGGCAAAGACUUGGUGGACGCUGGACGGUUUUGCUUUAGCUGCGAGCAGAUAUUUGCAAAUCGGAAAUGCCUCGAGCAACACUCCUGUUUUGCUGCAAGUCACAUCUGCUCCUGUGGAACCGAGUUUGUUGAGUACAAAGACAUGCUAGAGCACAGCACUUCACAUGAACCAGGUCACCAGGUGCUUGAUCAUGGAACAAUAAAGAAGCGCAGGAUUGAGAAGCGCAUAGAAGAGGAGCAGCAGCUCAACCGGCUGCAGACCGGUGAGGUGGUAUGGAAGACGGGGGCGUCGUAUAUGCCGCCGAAGACCAAGCAGCCCAUCUCACCAGCUUGUAUGCCACAAGUUUCCACGCAGUCUCCGAAGAUUUCACAAGUGCCUCAAUUGCCGCACUCUGUGUCGCAAAGAUCUUUGCCCCCGAAACCCCAUGAAAAAGAUAUGCAGAAAAUUUUUGCAGGUGUAGGUGCACCAACGGUGGACCUAUGGACACUUUACCAGCCUGUUGUGCUGGUCCAAACAAUGCGCAAAUUUAACAAGACAAAGCCUUACACUUGUGCUAAAUGUGGGCAGGGUUUUAUAACGCGGGCUUCUCUCAUCUCCCACCACAGCUCUCAUGUGAUAGAUAAAGUUGCUGGCUGUAUAGGAUGUGGGCUGCUGCUCUCAAGCAAGAAGUUAGUGCCUCGCUUCCAUGUUUGUAAAGCACCCAACACCCCAACUACCAAAUUCAGAAUCAUCACUGCGAGACCGCUGAGUUUGAAACCGUCAAAUGUAACCAGUCCAGGAGCCAGGAGUCCAAGUGCUCCGGCGCCUUGGGCCGCUUCCUAUCUCCAGAAAAGCCAGAAUCCCAGCGCAGCCAUUAAAGGCAGUCGAUCACCUCUUAUGACUUCCACCCUGCAGUUGGAAAAUCAGAAAAUCAGUACAUACAAUAAAAGCAAGCUGGGGCUUCAUAUCUCUCCGUCCAUGCAGGUAAAGAGUCAGAAACCCAAUGCAUCCAACCUGUAUAUCACUAACCCCCUUCCAUCGAUGAGUCAGAGUCCAAAUCCCAGUGUGUUCAAUAAAAGCAGUCAUGGCCUCGCUGUCGCUCCCUCUGGCCAGUUAAAGAUGUCCACACAAUCUCUGUCAGGUUUACAGAGCAAACCAAUGCAGAUGUCCUCUGCAUCAAUUGGGUUUCCAUGUCGAGUCUGUCACCUUCCUUUUGAAACGGCUCAGAUGCUACAGAGGCACAAAUGUGUCAAAGCACAUGAGUUUAUGGCAAAGCAUGUGCGAGGUGGCAAAGCGCAUUACAGACUACAGGGGGUGACGCCAGUGACGGGUCCCAAUCCUGCUCAGAUGAACGGUGAGAGAAAACUUGGAGUGCCAGUUUCUGGUAACAUCAAGAAAAAUCCAGUCAUGGCUGUCGAUCUAGACAAAGUGCAAGGUGCGGUUACUCCGAAUGGGAAAACAGGCGUGAAUAAGGACGAUGAUUGUUACAUAGUUGAAAGCGGACCAGACAAAUCUGCUGAGAUGAUAUACCAAGUGACCUCAUUGGUCCCUAUUAAGACUUGACGCAACUAGAGAGGCAAAUCGUAUUUGCAUGUCUCAUUUUAUGUUCAUUAUGGACCAAGAGCAUAAAGUCAGUCCUGUUUGAUGAGCAUCUACUUGUUUAGUUUCAUUGUACAGGAACUCAAUGCUUACUGGCUUUGUCCAAACUUUUGAAGAUGUGUAGGAUUAGUAGUGACAAUAAUCAUACAUCCUAAUUAAGCUGGUUUUCUUUUGUCCUUACUCCAAACAGUUCAAUAAUGGUGUCCCUGCCAUUUUUAUAGAAAAUGUAAAUCCAUAAAGUUAAUCAUCAACAUAUAUGUGCUUGAUUUACCCAAGUUUGGUGGGAUAACUGGGUACUAUUUUUUUUUUAAAUAUGUUUUAUUAUGCUCAGAUAUGUGUUGUGAGGCUGUGGGAAUUGACCAUAAUGUGUUUUUGUCAGACUUCACAAAUACAGUAUAUGUUGUAUUAAACUAUAUUUUCAAGUUCA